UCACCAGCAAGACGAUACGCGCGCUGGGCUGCGACUCCAGUUUAUCUUGAAGUUUUGGAGGAGGAAGUCGUCGGGGGUUGAAGACCUUUCAAAAUGAGCAGCUACAAGAACAAGAUGGAGGACGAGGCGGUGCUGGACCGGGGAGCGUCCUCCCUCAAACACGUCUGUGAUGAAGAGGAGGUGGAAGGUCACCACACCAUCUACAUCGGCGUGCACGUGCCUAAGAGCUACCGGAGGCGGAGACGCCAUCGCAGGAGGGCCGGCCACAGGGACAGGAAGGAGAAACCCGCCGAGUAUGCCUCCGACAAGUCCGACGCAGAGAACUACGACGAGGCCAGCAGCAGCAUCCUCAAACCGCUCAUCUCGCCGGCGGCGGAGCGGAUCCGCUUCAUCCUGGGGGAGGAUGACGACGGACCCCCCCCUCCCCAGCUCUUCACCGAGCUGGACGAGCUGCUGGCUGUGGACGGGCAGGAGAUGGAGUGGAAGGAGACGGCAAGGUGGAUAAAGUUUGAGGAGAAGGUGGAGAAGGGCGGAGAGCGGUGGAGCAAACCACACGUGGCCACGCUGUCCCUACACAGCCUGUUCGAGCUGCGCACCUGCAUCGAGAAAGGCACCAUCCUGCUGGACCUCGAGGCGUCCACGCUUCCCCAGGUCGUGGAGAUGAUCACUGACAGUCAGAUAGAGAGCGGUUUGCUGAAAGCCGACCUGAAGGACAAGGUGAUGUACACCUUGUUGCGCAAACACAAGCACCAGACCAAGAAGUCCAACCUGCGGUCCCUGGCUGAUAUCGGGAAGACGGUGUCCAGUGCAAGUAGGCUGUUUUCCCACCCGGAUAAUGGUAGCCCAACCACCACCCCUCGGAAUCUUACAUCCAGCAGCUUGAAUGACAUCUCGGACAAACCAGACAAAGAGCAGCUGAAGAAUAAGUUCAUGAAGAAGCUUCCUCGAGAUGCCGAGGCCUCCAAUGUCCUGGUGGGGGAGGUGGACUUCCUGGACGCCCCGUUUGUGGCGUUCGUGCGGCUGCAGCAGGCCGUCAUGCUGGGGGCCCUGACAGAAGUCCCUGUUCCGACCAGAUUCCUGUUUAUCCUGCUGGGGCCCAAAGGCAAAGCACGGUCCUACCACGAAAUUGGGAGGGCGAUAGCCACCCUCAUGUCUGAUGAGGUCUUCCAUGACAUCGCUUACAAGGCCAAGGACCGGCAGGACCUCUUGGCCGGCAUCGACGAGUUCCUGGAUGAGGUCAUCGUCCUCCCCCCAGGGGAAUGGGACCCUGCCAUCAGGAUAGAGCCCCCGAAAUCCCUGCCAUCCUCGGAUAAACGAAAGAACAUGUACGCCGGAGGCGAUAACGUGCAGAUGAACGGAGACACGCCCCACGACGGAGGGCACGGGGGAGGGGGGCACCAAGUGGGCGAUGAGCUGAAGAGGACGGGAAGGUUUUGCGGUGGCCUUAUACUUGACAUCAAAAGGAAGGCGCCUUUCUUUGCCAGUGACUUUUACGAUGCCAUACACAUCCAAUCCCUGUCAGCCAUUCUCUUCAUCUACCUGGGGACAGUGACCAAUGCCAUCACAUUCGGGGGUCUGCUGGGUGACGCCACAGACAACAUGCAGGGGGUGCUGGAGAGCUUCCUGGGCACGGCGAUCUCAGGAGUGGUGUUCUGCUUGCUUGCGGGUCAGCCCCUCACCAUCCUCAGCAGUACAGGCCCUGUGCUGGUCUUCGAGAGGCUGCUCUUCAACUUCAGCAGGGACAACUCGUUUGACUACUUGGAGUUCCGGUUGUGGAUCGGCCUGUGGUCUGCGUUCCUCUGCCUGGUCCUGGUGGCUACGGACGCCAGCUUCCUGGUGCAGUAUUUCACCCGCUUCACGGAGGAAGGCUUCUCCUCGCUCAUCAGCUUCAUCUUCAUCUACGACUCCUUCAAGAAGAUGCUGAAGCUGGCGCACUACUACCCCAUAAACUCUGGCUUCAAGGUGGAGGACGUCACACAGUAUGACUGCCUCUGUAUGGCCCCCACAGUAGACAAUAACUCUGGGGUCUACAGUGAUUCGCUGGAGGACGGUACCACCACCUGGAUAAUUAACAACACUGAUAUGCCCUUCAAUGCCACCUGGUCCUCGCUGUCCAAGUCAGAGUGUCUGCAGUACGGAGGAGAGCUGGUGGGCAAGGCCUGUAAAUACGUCCCUGACAUCACCCUCAUGUCCUUCAUCCUCUUCUUCGGCACCUACACCUGCUCCAUGUGUCUGAAGAAGUUCAAGACCAGCCCCUUCUUCCCCACCAGAGUGAGGAAGCUCAUCAGUGACUUUGCCAUUAUUCUGGCCAUUUUGAUCUUCUGUGGCGUGGACGCCCUGGUGGGAGUGGACACACCCAAACUCAUCGUGCCGAGCGAAUUCAAGCCCACGAGCCCGCACAGAGGCUGGUUCGUGUAUCCGUUCGGGGGGAACCCCUGGUGGGUGUACCUGGCCUCGGCUCUCCCCGCUCUCCUUGUCACCAUCCUGCUCUUCAUGGACCAGCAGAUUACCGCCGUCAUCGUCAACAGGAAGGAGCACAAGCUCAAAAAAGGAGCGGGGUACCACCUGGACCUGUUCUGGGUGGCAGUGCUGAUGAUCCUUUGCUCCUUCAUGGGGCUGCCCUGGUACGUGGCAGCCACGGUCAUCUCCAUCGCCCACAUCGACAGUCUGAAGAUGGAGACCGAGACAUCGGCUCCCGGGGAACAGCCUAAGUUUCUGGGAGUGAGGGAGCAGAGGGUCACUGGCAUCUGUGUGUUCCUUCUGACCGGACUGUCCGUCUUUAUGGCUCCCAUCCUCAAGUUCAUUCCGAUGCCUGUGCUGUAUGGCGUCUUCCUCUACAUGGGCGUGGCCUCCCUCAAUGGGGUACAGUUCAUGGACCGCCUCCAGCUACUCCUGAUGCCGGCCAAGCACCAGCCGGACCUGGUGUACCUGCGUCACGUCCCCCUCCGAAAGGUGCACCUCUUCACCUUCAUCCAGGCCCUCUGUCUGGCCCUGCUCUGGCUGCUGAAGUCCACCGUCGCUGCCAUCGUCUUCCCUGUCAUGAUCCUGGCCCUGGUGGCAGUGAGGAAAGCCAUGGACUACCUCUUCUCCCAGCGGGAUCUGAGCUUCCUGGAUGACGUCAUUCCCGAGAAGGACAAGAAGAAGAAGGAAGAUGACAAGAAGAAGAAGAAGAACAAGGGAGGCUCAGACAGCGAAGGAGAAGAUGAGAAAAGUCCCCAUCUCUCCUACAACGACACACGUCAUGCUGAACGGAUGAACUACUUCCAGGGAAACUCCUUGUCGAGUCCUGAGAGAAAUCCCUUUAAAUCUGUGCCUCAGAUCAGAAUAGACCUCGAGCCAGAAGACAACGGUUUCUUCUGGAGAAGCCGGGGCUCCGAGACGUCCCUCUGACCAAUAGGAGUCCUGCUUCUUUCAACGAGCCGGCCAAUCCCUGUGCAAACUCAGAAGACCUGCCUAAAACUCUGAAUUUCUAAGCUCUUUUCUCUCUGAAAAAUUCUUCCAGCAAUCAAAACUGAUGUGAUUCUUUUUCGAAAGUGAAUUGCGUAGACGGAAUAGUUGUAAUUUUGUUUUUUGAAGUUGCCCAUUACGUUUUAAGAAUGCAGAACACUGUUUUUUGUCAGGAGAACAAACCGAACGUUAACAGGAAGAGAACAGUGCUUCAUACCCACUUACCAUAGAUACUUUUUGAAUGGGAAGAAAUCUUAACUGCCGUUGUGCUUCCCAAAUCUCCCUCUCUGCACAGUAGAAUCAGCUGUCUCACACUCCUAACUCCUUACUAUGCAAAAUGUUCUGUCUUCUGAAAAACAGUAAAAAUGAGGUAGCUUUUUGUUGUGCAUGACAGUGAGCCUAUGGCCUAACCUGCUGUUUUUGUAUCUUCCUUGUCUCAACGUUUUAUUCUUUGUUUUAAAAAAAUAAAUUACUGUAAUUACAUUUUCCUGUAGCAGGAAAAUAAUAUUUUGAUCUGUUUUGUAGCUCUACCUCUUGUUUGUAGAUGCCAGGCAUUCUAUAAAGUAAUAUACUAUUAUUUUGAUUUCAUAAAAGGGCACAGCAUGGAAUUUUAAUAUUGUUAAUAUCCUUUCUGUCUUUUAGAGUUCUUCUGGGACAAAGUAUUCAUGAGAUUCAAUGUAUUAAAAGAGAAAGCAAUAUUUGUAAUAUAGAGAUAAUAUAAUUCAGAUUAAUUAUGGUAAAUUUAUUAACUUUUACAUGAUGUUAUGGUCUAUGUUGAUAAUAUGCCAUUGAUACAGAUUUUUUUAUGUUUUUUUUUUAAAAUCACAGUCAGGAUUACAAUACAGUAUUGUCUUUUUUCUGUGAACAAAACAGCGUAGGAUUUGUGUUGUGAAGUCAAACACUCAGCAUUAAGUUCCCAGUAUUUGUGGGUUCACUGCUGUCCUUUGCCAUGAAAGAGCUUGUUCGGCUGCCAUUUUGUUUUUAUUUGAACUUGCAGUGCUGUACACAUUUUGAAUGAUACAUUUUGAAAGAAAUUGUAAUGCAAAUAAAUGAGGGAAUUCAUUUAUUUUACAAUAAAUUUGCUUUACACGUGAGUAUCUAAUAUCUAUAUCACUUCAGAAAUAAACUAAGCAGUUCACUUUGCACAACUGGUCCCAAUAACUGGCACAGAACCCAAUAUUUUUGUUCAGCCAAAAUAUACUUGUGCAAAUAACUGCUAUUUCUGCACAAAAUUAUCUACCUAAGUGGCUUAAAAUCACAUGUAAUACAGUGAUCCAGAAAGGUACGUCAUUAGUUCCUAAUGAAUGAUAGUCUUUACAAAUUAUAGUUUACGGCAUAUUCCAAAUGGGACAUUUUCUGUAACCAAUAGCAAACCACAAAUAUAAGAAAACAUGUUCUUAGACAUUUUGUUUCAGUUCUUGAGGCUUUUUUUAAAGCAAAUGUUUAUUUAUAUACUUGUUUAAUAAUUCCAAUGGUUUUUAUUCCAGUUCAUAGUUAGCUGGGUUUUCCAGGGGUUUAAGUAUGAAAUACUAAUAACUUAUACUGAAAUAAAUAAGGUUUUCAAGACACUGAGAAUUAAUAUGCAUGUCGUCCGUAAAAUGGCCUGCAUGUGCUCCGUACGCCUUGUUUCAGACUAUGUAUGUGUAUAUCUUGUACAUUCCGGUAUGUUGGGUAAUUCCAAGAUGCUUGCAAUUUUCUUUUGUCUAUUGUUAUUGUGAUUCAUUUUGAUCCCCCACCCCCUCCUCCUAAACCAAUGUGCUGAAGCACUGCCCAGUUAACACUAUUUUCAAGCUUAAAAAUCUAUUUUAACUUAUGGUUUGGGAAGGGUAGUUAGUCUAAACGGAAUCAGAUACAUUAUAUCAGCAUGUCCGACAAAUUCUAAACUGAAAUUAACCAUUUGAGACGUGAGGUUAAUUCUAGUGUAUUAAAUACUGAUGUUGUUUUCCAUCGAUUUUUAUGGUGACUUUUUAGAAUAAACACAAACAUACACAUGAUGUGAAAUGAUUUAUUUUAGAAUUUAUAUUUUUCGAAUGAAAUGUAUAUUAAAAUAAACUGAAUUUGCGCAACUUGCA